UCUGAGCAAAGUGUCACCGAAAGUGCCAACGUUGCGGCGAACGUAUCUUUGUUCGUGUAAUACCACGAAAUUAUUUUUUUGCUAGAUGUUUCUUACGUUUUCGUGUCAAUCGUGUCAUUAAAUAGUCACGCUACAUUGAUUCUGAUUUCUUUCAAAUUCAUUCUAUCUCUUUCUUACAUUCUUUGAAUUUAAUCAAGAAAGAAAAAAAGAAAGAAAGGGGGACAAACAACAAGGCGUCUUAAUUUUCCGCGUGUUUUGUGCGUGCGCCGAUUAUUUGCGACGUUGUAUUGUGUUGUGUUGCAUUGAAAGAGAAAAUAUAUUCUUUCUCUUUUUAUCUUUUACCGUUUCGCAUAACUACUUUCGACAACGACAACUACUGUUACUAUUACUACUACUACUAUUAUUAUUACAACACAACCAGUAACGAUAAUUUUGACGACGACAACAACGACGACUAACCAAUUCGUUGUUCAUCAGUCAUUCGUUCUAUGUCAAAACGUUUACUUACACUCGCUCGGCACGAACCAUCAUGCAUGGUGCAGUUUCUUGUGACAUGUUACCAAGCAAAUACAAAUUUAACGUGGAACGACGCGUUAAAAGACGAUUGGGAAUGAUUUUUACCUUAUAAUGUCUUUGUUCGGUAAAUUACAUCUUAUGAGGAAACAUUACAAAGACAAUAAUAUUAAUAAGUCUACUGAAACUGAUGAUUUAACAACUACUACAACUGCUACGACUACUAAAACAAUUAAUAAUACGUCAAAGAAGAAUAUUACCAGCAACGAUAGAGAACCAACAUUAUGUCUUGGUACGGAACAAGUGAGGAUUUUAUUGUUUCAAGAAUGCGAAUGGCGAGGAAGGAGAGUACUUUUCGAUUCUCUCAAAUUGGAGAAUCGUCGUACCAAAAAUGCAACCUCUACUACUGGCACGAAAGAAAAAACAGCCGAGGAUACUACGAGUUCGUUGAGUGAAAUGGUUUUUGGUACGGUCGCGAUGACUUAUAAAGGAUCAUCAUUUAAGGUACAUUCGAUGAAAUCACCAGCAUGCAUCAUUUGUACUAAAGUAUUCCCUGUUACUGAACACAACGGACCUAAGCAAAAUGAAAGGUUCUCGGAUGGUACACUAACGCGUUGUUCAACACACGUGGAUUCUAAUACAAGUAAUAGCAGUAUAAAAACAUCUAUAUCACGUCCAAGUUCUGGUAAUGUAUCAUCGUCUAAUGAUUUGUUACCGGAUCCGAGAAAAAAUUCAUCAUGUUCUAGUAACGGUAGCAUUUGGGACAUGGAAACUCAAUUGCAUAUGGGAAGUUCUCAAUCGUUAGAGAGCAGUGGAUCUUCCGGUGUAGGAAGUAGUUUAUCAAGUUUACGUCGUAAAUGGUUAAGAGCAGUUUCAACUUCAUUGAGUCGAGCUGAUUCCGAUGAUAUAUUUGGUAUACAACAAUAUGGUGAAAAUAACAGCGAGGGUGGUGACAAACAUUAUAGAAGUAGGCUUGGAUUAAUGAUGUUAGUUCGUUUAACGCAAGGACAAGAAAGGAGAAUAGAAACAAGAUUGUUAGAACAUAUGACACUGUUGGAAGGCAUGUUGGAUCGUUUAAGAUAUUUUUGUAUCGAACGUAACGGUUUAAAAACUAAAACAAUUAAUCGGAAAACAAUUGAUCCUGCGGAUAGGAUGUAUCGCGCCUCAUAUCGUUUUAUUAUUUCCCUAUUAAGAUUAUUAAUUAAUCCGAAUUAUUUUCGACCACCUUUAUUGUGGCACGACGUUUUACUUAAUUCUGUGAUAAAUUUGGAAAUGAAUUCCAAUAUAUUGCACCGUGGUUUACAACAGAUGUGCCAAUUGUUGGACGACGUUGAUACCAAAUCGACGAAUUUUUUUUUGAGUACUGUCGUGACUGCGGUGUUGAUGUAUCAUCUUGGUUGGGUUUACACAAUACUUCCUGCAAACGAUCGACAAAUGAUGGAAAAUUUGGGUAGAUGGUAUCCGUGUAAUCCAUUAUGGGCACAAUUAGGUGAUUUAUAUGGUGCUAUGGGUAAUCCAAUAAAAGUAACACACACCCUCGUAGUCGGUGAUUCACGUAAGACCGAUUUAAUAAAUUCGGUAUUAUAUUUUCUAUCAUAUUUCAUCCGUAGUGGAAUAGUUCAGAAACAACGUGAAUAUCGUUGUUCCAUUGAAAACGAUAUCAAAGAAGCUACCAAUAUUUUGGAACAAAUGCAAAUAAAACGGCCGUAUUUGUUCGAUUAUACUAAACCAAGAAAUCAUUUAUCAAACGAUAAUAGUCAUCGAAAUAUUAAGAUGACUAUGAUUAAACGAGAAUCGCGAGUGCCAAUAGGUAAUAAACAAACGGAAACGUUCAAUGAAAUGCAAGUUCGUGUUAACGAUAGUGCAACGAUAAGUGAACAAUUAAAUGAUAACGAAUCAUUUGUCAGAUCAGAAUGCAACAUCGAUGAACAAUUUAGGCCAAAUGAAACUUCGAUACGUUCGUUAAAACGUAGUACAACUAUGAAAGUUUCAUUAGAUCGUUAUAUGUUGAAAAUGGAUGACGAACCACCAUUAGUUGCCAAAUCAACACCAAUAUCUAAAUCUUUAUCAAUGAUACAGGAUGAAAGAAGAAUCAAUGACGACGAGGAAGUAAUAGUUAAAUCAAAUAUGACUAACGUUAAUCAAAAUUAUACUAAAACCAAAGUGAAAAUAAUUGUCGACGAGAUAGAUUCGGAUACGAUUGAAGAUGAAUCGUCAAGUAACGUUGAAAAUCAAAGACAAUUUGGUAUAGAAAAUGUAACAAAAAUAUAUAAACAUGAUGAAAUUAAUGAUAAUACAAAUGUAUCGUCUAAACGAGUAUCUUCAGAAAUAGAAGAAGAAGAAGAAGAAGAAGAAGAAGAAGAAGAGGAAGAAGAAGAAUGUAAAAGUAAGAACGAUGAUGGUGGUACCAAUAACAACGACAAAUCGUAUAUUCAUCAAACAGAGUUUCUUAGAUUAAAUGAUAAUAAUUUUAUCGAAGAAAAUAAUAAACGUCAAGAACAGCAGCAACAACAACAGCAACAACAGCAGCAGGUAUAUUUUACGUUAGGUUGCGAGGACAAACCUAACAAAUAUUUGUCACGUCCAAGACUCGGUUACAAUUGUCAAUGUUCAUACAUGUUUACCACAUUGCCAAGUACAUCGGCACAAUUACCGGAAGGUGUAUUGAGAAAAAUAAUACAAAGAAAUUUUCCUGAAUCUUCGAAAAGUAUGCAACCAUCUUCUGGUACCACCACCACCAUGUCGUCGAAUAUGGAAUCUAAUAAUAUGGAAUCUAAAUCAACGCGUAUUUGUCCUAGAUGUCAUAAUCAAAGUAAUCCAUCGUCUCAAACAUAUAAGGGUAUGAAAGAAUUAUUGGAAACACCUACGAAUGCUACCGAAGUAUUACGAACUUGCGUUAAUUCUGAUAGAACAGUUGGUAUGUCUCGUUCUAAUAGUUUAGAAGCAUUGAUGGAAGCCAACAGUGUAAUAGAAUUACCUAUGCCACGAUCUAAACUAGUCUCUUCCAAACAAGUUAAUAAUUCUAACGACGAGACUGGAUUUACUAAAACACUUUUACAAACUAAAGUACCAAAUACAAGACAAACUAACAACGGUACUUGGUCUACCAAAUACACGUGGGGUUUGGUUAUACAAGGUUUAAUAAAGAAAGAUAAAAAAAGACGAAAACGGAAGGAUAAAACGGAUGAACAAGAGCAACAAGAACAAAUGAUCGAAUCGGAUAAAGAAGAUGAUUGGUGGUGCUGCGUACGAGAAGAGGUUGCAGCAGGUGUACGUUUUCCUACGAUUGACGAACCAGUAUCCGAAGCUGUUUGUAUUUUAGCAGAUUUGGAUACAUGGCACGUUGGAAUUUUAUCAAAUAACAUGCCAUCGGAAGGGCCACCUUUACCUGUUGGCAUGUCACGUUUAGUUGCCAAUAUGUUGGAAGCAUUUGCUUAUGUUUGGCGCAAAUAUCAUUCUCCAUUGCACUGUGUCGAUAUAUUGGAAUCAAAAUUAAGAGAAAUGUGGUUAAGAAGUGAGGCACUUGCACAAAUGUUGAUGACAGCGGAUGUAUGCGACGUUAGUGUAGCAACAUUAACCAACGCUCUUGAUCUCGAUGCAGCUGAUAUUCCACUUUUAUUAGCAGUAGCUACAACUCAUUCACCGGAAAUUGCGCAACGAUUUGGUCUCACGCUCGCUUAAAUAAUAAACGACUGGUCCCUCCCCCGCACCUGCCCUCCCGGUUGUGUCCCAUUUUUUCUUGCAUACUAAAACGUGUCAUUAUAUUGUACUUUUGUACUCACGUGACAAAGAAAGUUAGAUAAAAUCGUUUGAUUUUAUACAACAGUAGAAUAGUGCAACAACAACAACAACAACGAACCUCUCUCUUCGUAAGAAGAUUUUAUUUUUAUUUAUUAUUUCAUUGCAAAAAGAUAAUUGUUGGUGUUUGUUGCUGUUGCUAUUAAUGAUCCACACGAUUUUAUCCUAUUUUUUUUUGUUUUCUUUUUAUUUAACGGAGUUUU